UCCUGCGCUCCUGCUCCGCGACCGACCGACCGACUGCACCGCACCGCACCGCCUCACCAUCAGCGGCGCCUAUAAACCCCCGGCUCAGCUGACAGACGCCAGCCAGGAGCUGAGUUGUUGCGUGUCUGUCUCCGUCACCCAUCCUAGCGCAGACGCUCGUUUGCUGUCCAGCCCCGGUAUACGUUAGAGGAGGAGAAGAAGGUAGCUUAAGCAGCUAGUGUAUCUUUUGUCACAGGAGAAAAUAAAAUAAAAUAAAAGACAUGUCUGCUCAGCCCGGUGAGGAGCUAGGGUCGGAGGGGAAGUGGUUUGGGGAUGACUAUGAGAGGAACGGCCUGUUUGGGAGCACGCCGACCCGGUUCGACGAGCUACGUGAAGAAUUUAAGCCGAGAGGCGGCGAGGCGGCGGACGACCUGGAUCAACAAUUUCAUCCUCUUCAGGACCACGGGAAAAGGCCUCCCGUUGCUAUGGAAACUGCAUCUACAGAUGACCCCAUGUCCAGCCUAUUCAGGAAGCCUAUGACUGAUGACGGUGAUGUGUACACAUCCCUUCUGUCCAAUCAGAGCUUCACGUCAGGCCCGGAAGCCUCCUACCUGUCGGAAGACUUGAAGACCUCGAAGCCCUCCUCUGGCUUCUCUGCGCUGGACGACUACUCCAGCAACACCUACAGCUUCAGCUCCAGCACCAAGAUGUCUUCUGACCUGGUUGAUGACACACCAAAAUCUCUGCUGGGUUCAGAAAAGACAGAAUCCUACAACUACAUGGACAUCAGUCACGGGGAUGAGCGCCAAGAUCAGCACCCGGGGGCUCUGCACAGCCUUAUGGACACAAGCUCAACUAGUCAUGACUUGCUGGGAAGUUACAUAGAAAAGAACCCUGGAAGAGAUGAGGAGGAUGAGGAGGAAGAAGAAGAAGAAGAAAACCUAGGUCCAGCACUGGGCUCCCACUCUUUCCCCUAUGUGGAGGAGCCCUCUGAUGAAGAGCUGUCAGACUACCGCUCCUACCAAAACCUGGGUGGCACCCCACAAACAGCCAGCCCAGUGAAGAUCACUUUGACCGAGUCCCAGCCUCCAGCCACCAAAGCUGAGCCACCGCAACAUCACCCUCCAGUCACCGUGUCUGAGCGUGAAAACGUCCUGAGCGUGGGCUUGCAGGGGGUUCCUACUGUGACACUAUCAGAGCCAGAGGACGACAGCCCUGCUUCCACUCCCAAUGCUUCACCAACAAAAAAAGAUUUCCCUUCCCAUGACAUGUUCAAGAGUGACACUGUGAAGCCUGUGGCUUCCACAAGCAGUCAGGGCACAAAGGCCGGCAGCAGGGAUCACGAUGGCAGCAGUGCAGAGUCUGGAGACUCAGAGAUUGAGCUCGUGUCUGAGGAGCCUCCCAAAGCCAGUAGCAACAUAUUUACCCAGCCACCUAAAAGCACGGGUGCUUUCAGCCAGCCUAACAACCCCUUUGACAAUCCCCCAGUCGCCAAGGGUGGUUUGGGCCUGGCUGGCAACCAUGCUCCACCCACAGCCUACAGCAUUCUGAGGGAGGAGAGAGAGGCAGAGCUUGACAGUGAUCUCUUCAUUGAGUCUGCAUCAGAAGAAAGCCCUAAGAGAGAGCAGGGCCUCAGUGGCCCCAAACAGGGAGUGAGCCCUCCCUCUACCCUGGUUCCCAGCGUCGUCCCUCCCCGCAGUACAGCUGAGGCGGUGCCAGUCGAGUCCCUGAUCACAGAAAAGGUCAAGACCCCAGUGAAAACAGAGGAGGAUCGCCCCAGCAAGCCCAAACCCCCCACUGCUGCCGUGCCCCCUGAGGUGCGAUUGGAGAAGCCCCAUCAGGACGACAUGCACAAGCACACCAAUGAGGGCAAAGGAGACCUAGGAAAACCUGCUGUAUCAAUGUUUCUGGAGGGCUUUAACAAACAAAAAGCGAUUGACCUGCUCUACUGGAGGAAUGUGAAGCAGUCUGGGGCCGUGUUCAGCAGUGUGCUUCUCCUCCUCUUCUCCCUGACCCAGUUCAGCGUGGUCAGCGUCGGAGCCUACUUAGCCCUGGCAGCCCUCUCUGCCACCAUCAGCUUCAGGAUCUACAAGUCUGUGCUGCAAGCUGUGCAGAAGACCGAUGAGGGACAUCCUUUCAAAGCCUACCUGGAGAUGGAAAUCGCUCUGUCCCAGGACCAGAUUAGUAAAUAUGCCGACAAAAUCCUGCUGUACACCAACACCUGUAUGAAGGAGCUCCGCAGGCUGUUCCUCGUGCAAGAUCUGGUCGACUCCUUGAAGUUUGCUGUUCUGAUGUGGCUGCUGACCUAUGUGGGCGCUCUCUUCAACGGCCUGACACUGCUCAUCCUAGCUGUGGUCUCCAUGUUCACCAUGCCUGUGGUCUAUGAGAAACAUCAGGCACAGAUUGAUCAAUACGUGGGGCUAAUACGGAGCCAGGUCAACUGUGUGGUGGUGAAGAUCCAGGCUAAGAUCCCCGGGGCGAAGAGGAAGGAGGAGUAGACCUGUCUGUCUCACUGUGAAGCUGACAGUCCAGUCCAGCUCGGAGUCAGGCAGCUCGCUCACUCACUGUUGAAGAGCCUGGUCGUCAUCUGUGGGGCGUAGUGCUAUGUCAUCUUGGUGUUCUCUAAAAGCAUCCACUGGAGAAGCCUAUCACCCUGUCUAUAGCAGUCUAAACACUAACACACAAAGUCACACGUACAUAAUCCUGUUUCUAGGUAGACAAGUACACAACUCAAAAACAAAAAAAGAAACUGACUUUUUUUGUGUUGCUUAUUAUAAAGUGCAUGAAGUCGAGCCUUGGGUAAAUAAUAUUUGAUAUCUUUUGUGCAGUUUUUAAAAAUCACGCUACAUUUUUGCUUUGCAGUGCUUACCACAAACUGUACGGUUUGGCACAAAAAAGCUAAAAGCCCACAGACGUGCUUUGCUGCCGAUGUUAAAUACUGCUUCAUGUUUGAUUUAGCAGUUGGGGCUUCUCUCAGUAAAUGUCAAUAUAUAUAAAUAUCCAAAACAAUUUCUUUUUGGUGUUACCAAGCACAAAAUAAUUUAACAGUAUGCGUCUUAGAUGUGGUAAUUGUAGGGUUUUUGCUUUUGUAUAACCAUAAGGAACAAUACACACGCUCAUGUUUUAGGUACUGUUGUACAACUACUAUGAAGACAAGGAGUAUCUGGUGAUAUUUAGCUUGUUUGAAUAACUGUCCAACUUUGUACUAUGUUCAACUAUACUCUGUAGUUCUUUAGACCCUGGACUCUUUAACGAUUUGCACUUACAGUAUGUAUUUAAUUACAAGAAUAAGAAAAAUAAAUGUACCUUGAUGUA